GUUCAAAUAAAUUCCUGUUAUGUAAGUUGAAAUGCUGAUAUGAAAAAUGGUCCCGGAUCAGUUGGUUUGGUCAUUGUGACCAUCUGAGGACACCAACGUAGAACUUAAUAUAAUUACUACAAGUUAUUGAAAUUACCACAAAAAUGUUAUUGAGUUACCAAAUGUUUAAUUGUACUCAAUCUUUUGUAAAUUAAGAAUAAAAAUAUAUUCGUAACUCAAAAUUUGAAGUUGUUUUAUUUGGGCACCCUAGUCUUAUUAAAACCACCAAAAUGACGUCCGAAAUUCAUUAGAUUUGGGCCGGGUUAGACGAGACCAGUGUCCGCCCUCUAUUAAUGUCAGGCAUGUGCGUAUCUUGCCUCACUAUUUGGAGCUGGGUGGCAUCACAGUUUUUGCAUAUAUAAGUAAUUAAAGAUGAUGAAUGCCGCUGCAUCUGUAUACAGAAGAUUAAGUAUCAGGGAACUGAUUGCAAGUCCAUCUGUUUACGGUUCUGCUACUGAUGUAUCCGGAGAGGGAUUGAGCUUAGUUUUCAGGCGCUGGGCCACCAAGAAAACGGCAGGAUCCACGAAAAAUGGCCGUGACUCGUUGCCCAAGAAUCUUGGAGUAAAAAAAUUUGGUGGGGAGAGAGUGAUACCUGGAAAUAUCAUUGUUCGUCAAAGGGGUACGCGUUUUCAUCCAGGAAAUUAUGUUGGAAUAG